AGUGGGCACGGGGAUUGGCAGAACCUGGGGGCGGUGGGUGUCAUUCGAGGCGAUGCCCCCAGCCUGGGCCACCGGGACCAGGCCCUAAGCUGCUUCCCAGAGCCAAUCCCACCUCGGGGAUCAGUUCUGGCCCCCUCCGCAGCCAGAGGGAGGAGGGGCUGGAGCCGCGGGCGCUGCUCCCUUUGUUUACUGUCCCCUGGCGGGCCUCGGCAGACCCCCAGCCCUGCAGCAAGCGGUCUAGGUGCCCAGAGAGAAAGCCCUGGGCGCAGGUGGGCGGUGUGGAGGGGCGGUCCUCUGCUGGCGCGCCAGGAGGGACUCGGGUUACCGCCUGGCUUGUUUACUUGAUGGCUGCCUUGGCAACGGCCUCUGGCUUGCUUGCCCCCCUGGGCUCCUACCCCAGUGUCCACAAGCUCCCCUUGUAGCAGCGCGGCAUUCGCAUCGCUUCACAGCCCCGUUCCUGUCGUGCCAGUGCCCCUUCUAUGUCCCCAACCCUCUCCCUGCUCCGCCUCUGUAACCCCUAGCUCCAUUGUGUCCCUGGUCUCCUUACGCUCCCAACCCCUAGCCCUGCACCCCAGACCGUAGCCCCACCCCUGGGAUGUGGAGGGGCAGACGACCCCAGGAACCUCGCGGUCUGCAUCCGAGCAAGUGCAUCAGAAGGAUUCUUAGGAUUCUUCCCGUCCUGGGACCAGCUGCCCCACCCUGCGACCAUUCCAGAACUGGGUAGCCAGAGACACCUUUCGACAGAAGAGGAGGAUGCAAGUGAAGAAGGCGCCCCCUCCGCCACGCACAUACUCACAGCUCACCCAGCCACCACACAGAGCACGCCUGCAGCAAACUCAGGCUCACGUCCCGCUCUGCCCCGUGACGUCCCCCCGCGGAGGCCUCAAGGGUGCCCACGGAGGGGUGGCAAUUCCAGGAGCCCCGGUAGCUGGCUCCGCUCAGAGAAGAGGUGGUUCGAGCGGGAGGGGAACAAGCCGAGACCCAAGCCCUAAAUUUGCGGAAUGAGCUAGGGCGUCAGAACCAGAACUGGGGUGGGUAAAGAACUCCGCUGCCCGGGACCAGGUAAUGCUCGGCUGUCCCGGGCGCCCAAGGGAGGUGCCGGAAUAGGAUGACUGGCGGCCCUACCAGCCAAUGGGAGCCCGGGGCGGUGCAGACCAGCCCAAUUCCCGCAGCCUCCGCGGAGCGUGGGUGGGGUUUGCCGGCUGCAGCAGUAGCUCUCGCCUGCGGGUGGUUUGACAAGGCUGGCGGUGCCACACCAGCGACCAGCCCCAGGGCCCGCAGUAAUCCCAACUCCACUCUCAACCUCUACUGAGGACUGGGGACGGGAAUAGAUGACUCAGCCCCGAGCAGGAAUGAGGGGUGAAAGGUUCCCACCUGCCUUGUAUAAAGUCAGCGAGAGUCCACGAUGGUGCCUGGACGGGGCAGUUCUCUGGCCUAGGGCCUGGAGCUCACACUUCUGAGAGGCAUCGCAAGGGAAGGCCUUCACAUUACUGAGACCCCAGCCCCGCACAGAGGCUCAUGGAACUCGAAGCACGCAGGGCUGGCCUCUCCAGAGCUAGCAGAUUCCUUCUGGACCUGUAGGGUGCCGCCCUAGCCCAGCCGCCAUGGCGCAGGGUUUCGCAGUGGGCUUCGACCCACUGGGCCUAGGAGACCUAAGCUCCGGCUCUCUGAGCUCCCUCUCCUCCCGAGGCCACCUAGGCAGCGACUCAGGCUCCACCGCAACGCGAUACCUGCUGAGGAAGCAGCAACGGCUGCCGAACGUGCCCCCCCGCGGAAUCCGAGCCUCAUCGCCCAUGGGACGCGUCAUCCUCAUCAACUCUCCCAUCGAAGCCAACAGUGAUGAAAGUGACAUCAUCCAUUCAGUCCGGGUGGAGAAGAGUCCAGCAGGGAGGCUGGGCUUCAGCGUGCGCGGGGGCUCAGAGCAUGGCCUGGGCAUCUUCGUCAGCAAAGUGGAGGAAGGCAGCAGUGCAGAGCGGGCUGGCCUGUGCGUGGGGGACAAGAUCACGGAGGUGAAUGGGCUGAGCCUGGAGAGCACCACCAUGGGUAGCGCCGUGAAGGUGCUGACUGGCAGCAGCCGCCUGCACAUGAUGGUGCGGCGCAUGGGCCGUGUGCCGGGCAUCAAGUUCUCCAAGGAGAAGACCACGUGGGUAGAUGUGGUGAAUCGGCGCCUGGUAGUGGAGAAGUGCAGUUCAACACCCUCCGACACCAGCUCAGAAGAUGGCAUCCGGCGCAUCGUCCACCUAUACACAACCUCCGACGACUUCUGCCUGGGCUUCAACAUCCGUGGGGGCAAGGAGUUUGGCCUGGGCAUCUAUGUGUCCAAAGUGGACCAUGGUGGGCUGGCCGAGGAGAAUGGCAUCAAGGUGGGGGACCAGGUCCUGGCGGCCAACGGUGUCAGGUUUGACGACAUCAGCCACAGCCAGGCCGUGGAGGUGCUGAAGGGCCAAACGCACAUCAUGCUGACCAUCAAGGAGACUGGCCGGUAUCCUGCCUACAAGGAGAUGGUUUCUGAGUACUGCUGGCUGGACCGACUGAGCAACGGGGUGCUGCAGCAGCUGUCCCCGGCCUCUGAGAGCAGCUCCAGCGUCUUUUCGUGCGCCUCCAGCGCCCCCUACAGCUCGGACUCCCUGCCCUCGGACCGCAUGGACAUCUGCCUGGGGCCGGAGGAGCCCGGCAGCCGCGGCCCAGGCUGGGGGCGGGCGGACACAGCCAUGCAGACGGAGCCUGAUGCGGGAGGCCGGGUGGAGACCUGGUGCAGCGUGCGGCCCACAGUCAUCCUCAGGGACACCACCAUCCGCUCGGACGGCCCCCAGCCCGGUCGCCGCCUUGACUCUGCGAUCUCUGAGUCUCCCAAGACGGCUUUGCUGCUGGCCCUCAGCCGACCCCGGCCCCCCAUCACGCGCUCCCAGAGCUACCUGACCUUGUGGGAGGAGAAGAAGCAGCGGAAGAAGGAGAAGUCGGGGUCCACUGGGGAGAAGGGUGCCCUGCAGCGCUCCAAGACGCUGAUGAACCUCUUCUUCAAGGGAGGGAGGCAGGGGAGGCUAGCACGGGACGGGCGCAGAGAGGCCUGGACACCGGACAGCGGGAGCCUGGCCAAAACUUGCCCUCGCCUGGACAUGGAGAAAGCAGGGGGCAUGGGCCCGGUGCAGAAGUUUGUCACCUGGAGACUGAGACGCGACCGGGAGAGAGGCCGGGCCCUGCUGUCUGCCAGGUCUGGGAGUCCCUCCAGCCAGCUGCCUAAUGUGGAUGAGCAGGUUCAGGCCUGGGAGAGCCGGCGGCCCCUCAUUCAGGACCUGGCCCAGAGGCUGCUGACUGAUGACGAGGUGCUGGCUGUCACCCGCCACUGCUCCCGGUAUGUGCACGAGGGAGGCAUAGAGGACCUGGUGAGGCCCCUGCUGGCCAUCCUUGACAGGCCCGAGAAGCUGCUGCUGCUGCGGGACAUCAGGAGUGUGGUGGCCCCCACAGACCUGGGCCGCUUCGACAGCAUGGUGAUGCCUGUGGAGCUGGAGGCUUUCGAGGCCCUCAAGAGCAGGGCAGUCCGGCCUCCUGCUUUGAGACCAGCCCGGCAGGACACGCCGCCCAAGCGUCACCUUAUCACCCCCGUGCCUGACAGCCGCGGAGGCUUCUACCUGCUGCCGGUGAACGGUUUCCCGGAGGAGGAAGAUGAGGAGCUGAGGGAGCGGCUGGGGGCCCUCAAGGUCUCCCCGAGUGCCUCUGCCCCUCGCCACCCUCAUAAAGGGAUCCCCCCUCUCCAAGACGUGCCAGUAGAUGCCUUCACCCCCCUCCGAAGUGCCUGCACACCCCCUCCCCAGCUACCCCACGUGGCUCGCAGGCCCCCGCGGCCUAACUGGCUGCUGACAGAACCCCUGAGCAGAGAGCACCCUCCGCAGAGCCAGAUCCGGGGCCGGGCUCAGAGCCGCAGCCGCAGCAGCCGGGGUCAAGGCAAGUCUCCGGGUAGACGCUCCCCAUCCCCGGUGCCUAUCCCUGCCCCCAGCAUGGCCAAUGGGCGCUACCACAAGCCUCAGAAGGCCAGACCCCCUCUGCCACGACCUCUGGAUGGGGAGGCAGCCAAGAUGGGGGCCAAGCAAGGGUCCUCAGAGAAUGGAACUGGGGGGACGGCCGAGGAGGCAGCCAUGAAGACCCCCAGUGGCGAGCUGAAGACAGUGACACUGUCCAAGAUGAAGCAGUCCUUAGGCAUCAGCAUUUCUGGGGGCAUUGAGUCCAAGGUGCAGCCCAUGGUGAAGAUAGAGAAGAUCUUCCCUGGGGGGGCCGCUUUCCUCAGUGGGGCCCUGCAGGCUGGCUUUGAGCUUGUGGCAGUGGACGGAGAGAGUCUGGAGCAGGUGACCCACCAGCGUGCAGUAGACACCAUCCGUCGGGCUUAUCGAAACAAGGCCCGGGAGCCCAUGGAGCUUGUGGUCAGGGUCCCCGGGCCCAGCCCACGGCCCUCACCCUCUGACUCAUCAGCCCUUACUGAUGGGGGCCUUCCUGCUGCCCACCAACCCCUUGAUGCUGCUCCAGUUCCUGCCCACUGGCUUCCAGAACCUCCCACCAAUCCCCAGACUCCUCCCACUGACGCCAGGCUCCUCCAGCCAACUCCCAGCCCAGCCCCCUCCCCAGCCCUCCAGACUCCUGAUUCUAAGCUCGCACCCUCCCCACGCAUCCCAUGACCGUUCCCCUAACCUCAGAUUCUCCCACUGACUCCAGCAUCCUGUUAUCCCCAGGACCUCUCCUACCAACUUCUUCAGGACUCUCCAGCUCCUGCCCACCCUGCCUCCUCCCAGUGCCACACUGGUGGCUCACAUCUUUCCACUUUCUUCCCUCCUCAGCUGUCAUUAAGGCUCCGCCUUAGUGUCCAAGGACAAGGUGCUAGUGGGCAGCCUGUGUCACCUGCACUCACUGUUCCCCCACCUCCCAAGCCAGGAAAGGGGGUGAGAAAGCCAAGGUCUGGAGCUUGGGAUUGGUGGGCACUUUCUCACACGCUGCCCCUUAUGAGUCGCCCAAGCCUCCAGGGACACAGACUCUCGGACAGGGCCCUGAAGGGGUCAAUGCAUCCAUUCCUCAACCCCAAGCAGCAUUCUGUGCAAGGAAAAGGAUGAAAGGCUUUUCUAGUCCCUGAAAUCCUGAGAGAUCAUUUAAUGUUGGGGUCCACUAAGACCUCAGACAUUCUACUGGAUUUGUCCUUCCUCCAUCACCUUUUCUCCCCAAGAGAGCUCUAUGAGGGGGAGGAGAAUAGCCAGCAAAUGGGGGGGGGGGCGCGGGUGUGAGUCAAACAAGUUCCCGUACUCUUUAUCCAGCACAUUCACAUUAUUUUUAAACAAAAAAAAUUUUUUUUUAAUUUUUUCUUUGUGUUUGUACAAGAAAUUUACAGUGUGAAAAAUAUACAAGUGAAAACGAGGCCAUAAACCUGGGUGAAGGGAGAGGCUGCUUGGUCACAAACACAAAUAAACAAGACAUUUC